AUGGUCGACCCCCCUCAUUCUACCAACGCCGACCUCGGCCAACAACAACGUCUCGACGGCGAGGCCAAUCGUGCCAACAAUGUCCGCGCCACCAACAUCUCCAACGGGGUGUUCUUCGCCCCCAUUGGCACCCCCCAAAUCCCAUACGACGAUUGCCCCCCUAUCAAAGAGAAUAGGGACCAGGCCCUGCUCCCUUCCUCCGUCCGUCUCGCUGUGUCGCCGGCCCCCGGCCCCAACACAGAUUCUCUCCGGAUCAAGGUCACCACGGCCUUGGCACAAGCGGCCCCACGAUUUCCGGGAGGGAAGCUUCUUUUCUCUUCAAAUGGCAGAAGAACUUUUCUUGACGUCAUUUGCUCCUCGCAGGAGCACGCCGAUGAGCUCGGCUGUAUCCAACCCUGGAUAGAGACCAUCACUACCAACGGCAGAGCCGUGGUUUACACCAUCUCCUGCCUGGGUGUAGGCCGCCCAUACCCCGCUGGCACCAUCGGUGUCGAGCUCCUGCCUGUGGCGAAACCUGGAAAGAGCCUCCCGGCCGAUCUUCCCACGGACACCUACCAAGCCGCCCUACUUCAGCUCCUCGCGCGCAUGUAUGGCAAGACAUCCCGCAGCAAUCCAAGCGACAGCAACAGCAGUAGCACCGGCCCUGCCACGGGGCUCAGCCCCGAAGGUCUCUUCUCCACACACGUUCUCGGCUUCUGGCGCGAGACAGCGUGGCUGUGUCGUGACGGCGUCACCGAGCACCAGCCACUGCUCGCGGCACGCGCGGCGGUUCGAAUUCCGCCACCUCCCUUCCUGACGAGCCACAUCGAGGCCUGGGCGCUUUGCCCCUCGCAGAACUAUGACUUUCGAGUCAACUUCAUCGGCAGGGCGCCCAUUUGUGGCCACUGCCGCGUGGCGGUCCACGCGCCCCUGGAAAUCUGCCCCCGCAUUGUCUGCCGGAGGUGCCACCACGAGGGGCAUCACGAGAACGCCUGUGGCCGGGGCAAGAGCAGCAGCACGGUGGCCCCGCGCGGCCGUGGGGGGUCGAAUCUGGCCCCUCCGAGCUCUGGUCGCGGCAGCAAGGACGGUCCUGAAAAGCCCCCCUCUAAGAAGAGGAAGCACAGUAGCGAGCGCGCCGGCCCUUCCAAUCUCCCGACUGAGCCGCGCCUUCGCAUCCGAAGUUUGCCCCCCCGUCCUCCGGGCCCCUCCCCUGCGGACGACAUGGAAUCUUGA